CAGAAGAUCAAAGAAGUUAGAGAUUGGCCUAUCCCAACUACUCUUAAGAAGCUGAGAGGGUUCUUAGGCUUAGCUGGUUAUCAUAGAAGGUUCAUCCAAAGGUUUGGGAUGAUUAGUAGACCUCUCAAUGAUCUUACAAAGAAGGAUAAAUUCAAAUGGAAUUCCACAGCUCAACCAGCCUUUGUACAAUUGAAAGAGGCACUUACUCAAGCACCUAUCUUGGCUUCGUUUGAUGCAAGCAAGACUUUUAUUGUUGAAACAAAUGCUAGUGGCUAUGGGAUAGGGGUUGCACUUAUGCAGGAAGGGCAUCCGAUAACUUUUAUUAGUAAACCUUUGUAUCCCCGACAUGGUGCCUUGUCAGUAUAUGAUAUGGGUUAUUGGCAAUUGUUUAGGAUGUUACUAAGUGGUCUCAAUACUUACUAGUUCAGAGGUUUGUUAUUAGGACUGAUCAGAGAGCCUUAAAGUUUCUUAUAGAGCAAAAGUUGCAUUCUAAUUCUCAAUUGUUGUGGUUGACUAAGCUCAUGCGAUUUGAUUACUCUAUUGAGUACAAAAGGGGCAUUGAGAACAAAGUAACUGAAACACUUUCUAGAGUGACUAGAGCUGAAUUUCUAACUUUCACCUACUAAUACUGAUCUUUUUCAAGCUAUAAUUUCGAGUUGACAUUCAGAUCAGGAGUUGCAUCAGUUAAUCACCGAGCUACAAGUGGAUCCUACUUCCCACAAGCAAUAUACUUGGUUACAGGGUCAGUUGAGAAGGAAAAGGAAGCCGGUGAUUGGAAAUGUACGGAGCUUGAGAACUGACAUUGUUACGUUGUGGCAUGCUGGCCCUCUUGGUGGUCAUUCAAGAGUUGAAGCUACCCUCAACAGAUUGUUGACACUGUUUUACUGGAAGAACUUAAUGACGGACGUAAAGAAAUUCAUUCAAAAAUGUGAUGUCAAAAGAAUAAAUCUAAUUUAGCUGCAUACCCUGGUUUUUUACAACCCUUGCCGAUUCCUGAGGUAUUUUGGUCUCAAAUCAGUGUGGAUUUCAUUGUUGGUCUUCCUAAAUCUAAAGGUCAUGGGGUGAUUUUGGUGGUGGUCGAUGAAAAUUGGAUUAGUAGGAAAGAGCAAGUUAGUUUUCGUUGAUAGAAGGUACACAAAGGAUAAGUUUGCUGAACCACUGCAUGAAUUGUGGGAAAAAUGUAAUGCAAUUGUGUUAUCAUGGAUAAUGAAUUCUGUGAGCAGGGAGUUGUUAAAGUGGAAUCAUGUAUGCUUCAAGUGCACACAAGGUGUGGAAAGAUCUGAAAGAAAGGUUGGACAAGGUUGAUGGAUCUAGAGUUUUCCAUCUGAACACAGAGAUAAACCAUUUGACUCAGGGCACAUCGUCUGUUUCAAGGUUUCAAAGAUGAAGGAGCUCUGGGUGGAAUUUGAUUCUCUCAUGCCAUGCCCUGGGUGUGAAUGUGUAGAAUCGAAGAAAUAUAUAGAGAAUUAUAAGUACCAGAGACUUUUGCAGUUCUUGGUGGGACUAAAUGAUUCAUAUGUGCAAUGUCGAAGUCAAAUCAUGAUGACAACUCCAAUUCCAAAUUUGAACAAGGCUUACUCAAUGGUGAUAUCUGAAGAAAGUCGUAGAUCACUGGGAAAAGCAGUACAUGUAGGUGAAUCUAUGGAUGCAACAGCUUUGUUUAGCAAUAGAAGCAAAGUUACUGGAAAUCAAAGAACACCUGGUGGAAGCUACAAGGAUGUUGAGAACAAUUUUAAGCCUAGAAAGAAAAGUGACUUCUACUGUGAUCAUUAUGGAAUGAGAGGUCAUACAAUUGAAAGAUGCUGGAAGGUGCAUGCGUAUCCAGCAGACACUAGAGGAAGGAGAAGAAUGAGAGGAAAUCAAAAUGUGUCUGGAGGUUUCAAUACAACAACCAAUGCAGUGAAGUAUGAAGAGCAACAUGCUCACGAGAAGGAUUCUCAUCCAGGUAUAACAAGUGCAAAUGAAACAGGUCGCAAAGCAGCCAUCAUGUUUACUCAAGAUCAGUAUGAACAACUGAUGAAGUUGAUCAACAAGAACAAUGUGACAGAUGGAGAAAAUGUGACAGGCAUACUCCAUUCUUUCCUAGCCAAACAUAACAUUGAUUAUGUUAAAUGGAAUAGUAGAUUCAGGAGCAACCAAUCACAUGACUUACAACAAGAAUUUUCUUAAUGACACUAGAAUGAUAGAUAACAGAUGUCCAGGAAAAAUUUAUUUUCCAGAUGGUAAUGAUAUUGAAGUAUCAUGCAUUGGUUCUUGUGAUUUGGAAGAUGGGAGCAAAGUUACAAAUGUCUUGUACAUACCAAAGUUUUAGUAUAAUCUUCUCAAAACUAACUAGGGAUUUAAGGUGUUUUGUUAGUUUUUACCUUGAUGUAUGCAUCAUGCAGGACCUUCACAGUGGGAAGGUGAAGGGGAUUAGUAGAGUUGUUGAGGGAUUAUACAAGAUGCAGUUGCAGCUGAAGGAUUUUCAGAAAACUAUGGUGGCAACUGUACAGUCUAACAUUGUUACUGCAGGAGAAGACUUAGCAAUCUGGCAUCAAAUGCUGGGUCAUGCUUCUGACAAAGUAUUGGAGAAGAUUCCAAACAUGAAGUUUGAUUCUAGUAAUAGUAGUAGAAUAAAGGAUUGUACUAUUUGUCCAUUAGUUAGACAAAUAAUAAUGCAUUUUCCUAUUGAAAAAAUAGGCUUGCUACACCUUUAGAGAUGAUACAUGCUGAAGUAUGGGGACCUUAUAGAGUGUGUAAUCAUGAUGGGAGUAGAUACUUCCUUACUUUGGUUGAUGAUCAUAGUAGAAUGACUUGAAUUUUCUUGUUGAAAUUGAAGAGUGAUGUAGUUGUCAUAUUGAAACAGUUUUUUGCAUUAAUAAAAACUCAGUUUGGUGCAACUGUUAAAGUUUUUAGAAGUGAUAAUGGUACAGAUAUUUUUAACUCAGAGUGUAAUGCUUUAUUUCAAACUUAUGGGAUGAUCCAUCAGAGUUCGUGUGUACAUACACCUCAACAGAAUGGUUUAGUUGAGAGAAAACACAAACAUAUUCUAGAGGUUGCUCGAGCCAUAAGACUACAAUGUCAUUUGCCUCUCAAAUUUUGUGGAGAAUGUGUUCAUAAUGUUGUCUACAUCAUCAAUAGAUUGCCACUGUCUGUCUUGAAUGGAAAAUCAACUUUUGAGCUAUUGUAUGGUCGAAGUCCUUCCCUACAACACAUGAGAACUAUUGUAUGUUUAUGUUUUGCAAAUAGUCUCACCAAAGGGGACAAGUUUGAGCCUAAGUCUAUAGGGGCUAUUCACAUGGGAUACUUAGCCACACAAAAAGGAUAUAGACUCUAUAACUUGUUGACUAACAGUUUUUUUUGUUAGCAGGGAUGUACAAGUUAAGGAAUCAUUUCUCCUUUUCAGCUUCUACAAAUUGGCAAGCUGACACUAUUUCCAUAUGGGGUUAUGAACAUAGACCCAGAACCUAUUCCUGUUAUUGUGCCUAAUCCAGCAUCUAUGGCUCCACCACCUGCUGAUGUUGCUGAACUUCCUAAUGUAGUUAUUGAAGAUAAUUUUCCUGUUCCAGUACCACAUGUUCCUGCAACUGUUGUGCAGCCUAGAAGAUCUACUAGAGUGAAAACUCGCCAUCAUGUAUGCAAGAAUAUAUUUGCAGUAGUAAGCCUUCCACUAGUUCUGCAAAUACAUGUCACUAUCCUAUGUCCAACUACAUGUCCAAUGCAUGCUUGUCUGGUAAAUAUCAAGCUUUUCUCACCAAACUCAUUUCCCUCAAGGAGCCUCAAAGUUAUGUUGAGGCUGUUAUGGAUCCUAAUGGAUUCUGUUAUGGAUCCUAAUGGAUUCUAGCUAUGGAUCAAGAACUUCAGGCUCUUCAAGAUAACAACAUUUGGUCCUUGACUGCCUUACCUCCUCAUAAGGUACCUAUUGGAUGUAAGUGGGUGUAUAAGAUCAAGUACAAGGCCAAUGGUGAUGUUGAUAGAUACAAAGCAAGGUUGGUAGCUAAGAGUUACAACCAUAAAGAGGGAAUAGAUUAUCAAGAAACUUUUUCUUUAGUGGUUAAAAUGGUCACAGUGAGGGUUGUUCUAGCUCUUGCAGCUUCUCAGAAUUGGUGUCUUCACCAAAUGGAUGUCUACAAUGCAUUUUUGCAAGGAGAUUUUCUUGUAGAGGUGUAUAUGCAAAUCCCACAAGGCCUUCCCAUCCAGGGAAGAACCAAGUAUGUAGGCUACAAAAGUCCUUGUAUGGACUCAAACAAGCUUCAAGACACUGGAACUUGAAGCUUACUAAGGCACUAAUUGAUUCUGGUUUUAUUCAAAGUUAUUAUGAUUACUCAUUAUUCACAAAAAGGGUGAAUACAAAGAUGGUGUUGAUAUUAGUUUAUGUAGAUGAUCUCCUGAUCACAGGAAAUGAUCAUCAACUUAUAUUAGAACAAAGAGGACAUUGCAAUCCAAGUUCAAAAUAAAGGAUCUUGGUGAAAUGAAGUAUUUUCUUGGGAUUGAGAUUGCAAGAUCAAAGCAUGGGAUCUUGAUGAAUCAAAGGAAGUUUGCUAUAGAUUUAAUUACAGAAUUGGGACUGGCAGUUUCUAAACCAGCAACUACACCUAUGAAAUUCAAUCAGAAGUUGACAACAGUUGAAUUAGAUGAUCACACAGGAUAAAGGGAGAUGACAAGUUAGAGGAUGCAGGACCAUAUCAAAGAUUGAUUGGAAAGCUUCUAUACUUAACCAUGACUAGGCCAGAUAUAUCAUAUGAUAUUCAUACACUCAGUUAGUUCAUGCAUUGUCCAAAGAAGUCUCACAUGGAAUCCGCUUUGAGAGUUGUGAGGUAUAUUAAAAAUGCUCCAGGACUUGGUAUUCAUAUGAGUUCAAAGCAGUCAAACAAACUUAAAGGUUUCUGUGAUUCAGACUGGGCAGCAUGCCCCAUGUCAAGAAGGUCAGUAACAGGUUAUGUAAUAAAGCUGGGUGAUUCAUUGGUUUCUUGGAAGUCUAAGAAGCAGACUACUAUAUCCAGAAGUUCAGCAGAAGCAGAAUAUAGAAGUAUGGCAUCAGGGGUAUCAGAAAUACUAUGGCUUGUUGGGUUAUGCAAAGAAUUGGAUAUAAAGGUUCAAUUGCCAGUAACUCUACACAGUGAUAGCAAGUCAGCAAUACAGAUUGCUGCAAAUCCCAUUUUCAUGCAAGGAUGAAGCAUAUAGAAAUUGAUUUACAUUUUAUCAGGGAAAAAAUUCAAGAGGGAAUAGUCAAGACUGAAUAUGUUCCUUCAAAGGAUCAAGAAGCUGAUCUAUUUACAAAAGCUUUAGGGAGAGAAAGCACGAAUAUCUUGUAGACAAGCUAGGGAUGAUCAAUGAUUUUUCAUCACCUAGCUUUAGGGGGAGUGUUGAGAAUGAGCAGCACAUGAAUUGAUGACAUGGAGGUAUCACCCGGAUCAGUGACGUGGAACAAGUUAGUUAAGUUGAUUAUUGUUAGAACAGUUAGUGAUAGUGGAUAAAAAUUUAGUUAGUUAUAAAAUGUACAGCUCAUCUAGAUUAGUUAGAUAUUAUUUCAUUGUUGUAUAUAUAGAUAGCUAGAUACACCAUUGUAUAGAACAUGUGAUUGAUAUGAGUAUUUUCUCUCUUCACUUUAACAAUUCUCUCUUCAUCUGAAAAGUUCUGUGUUUACUACAUUGCUGGAAUUUUCUGAAUACUCAUGAAUUUCAUCAAUUAGUCCCCGAGCAGCUUGAUCAUAAGCCCUUGCAGCAUCCUCAACAGUGUUAAAUGUACCAAGCCAUAGCCUCACCUUUUGUAAAGAAUCAUUGAACUCUGCAACAAAUCUUGGAUGGCCCCUUGAUGGUGGUUUUCUUCGUGUUCUAAUACUGUCACUUGUCUGAGGUGCUGGUUGCUUCAUGCUGAUUGAAAUUGGAAUCAAAAGUUCAUGGAAAAAGUGGGUCAUUGAAUUUGAAUGGUGGCCGCAAGUCAAUUCGAACUAUGAUUGAUGAAGAAUUUUUAAAUUAUUUUGAUGCUUUAAUACAUUUAAUUUUGUGUAAAUCAU